AAGGAUAAGCGAAUGUUGUUUUAUCUAGACUUAACGCUUUUAAAUGAUAUCGCGAAUAUUCCGUGGAAAAAAUGAGAAUGUCGCAGUUAAGAGAAAAUUGCAAAUCGACACGCUGAAAAUUUUUAACGACAAUGUAGUAGAAUUAAGGGAAGAUGUGGAAUAUCAGGUACAGUUCAAUGCUGGGGAAAGAGGAAUGGCUAUUAUGGUUUCUUUAUCACCAGAGUUUCCACUGGAAAAACCAGUGCUCAGAGUUUCUCCUCCGAUAAAUCAUCCGUGGUGCAACGAACAUAGCGAGAUCACAGGCGCACCGGGAUUGCUAAAUUUUACAGUGCACAGCGAUCUUGGUCGUGUCGUCCAAGCUAUUAUCAGAGAGUUCAGUAAAAAUCCUCCGCAACUAUUGAAAGAUGUAUCUCCGGGAUCUGUAAAAUCGCAUAAUGAUCUGCAAGGAAGGAAUUCUCCAUCUUAUUCCAUGCAACAAUAUCCGGAAAUUCCAUCUACGUCGUAUAAUUCUUACUACACCACGCAGUAUCCACAGUUUUCGUCCGCUAGUGGAAGUACCAGCAUUUACAAUUACAAUCACACCAAUUCAAGUACUCAGUACAUGGCGGACGGUCAUGCAAAAUUUGGCUCUCCAUCGCAACAUUCGGCAUACAUUACAAGUUCGACGAGCAGCUCACUGCAUAAUACAGACUCGCCAAGAUACAACUCGAAUCACCAGGGAACGUAUUUGAACUCCCACUAUGUGAACGCAAAUUACCACCAGCAGUCGUUGUCAAAUCAAGCGCAAACGAAGCCACAACAGAGCGUAGCGUUCCCAGAACUAAAUAGCUUAUCUAACGAGGAAUUGAAAUUACUCAACGAAGACGACGACAAGCUGGACGAAUUCUUAGACAAACAUUCCAAGCUAAAAGACGUUAACGUGGAAAUCGAUGAUGCAAUAGAUUGGGUCCAAAAAAUUGCCGAGGCCAAUGUAGCCAAAGAACCUGAACUUAGAGAAUUGCAGUCUGACGUAGCGAGUAAAGUGCAAACGGUGGCUGCGCUGAAGGCCAGAUAUGAUCAAUUGAUACAACGAUAUAACAAAUUAUCCGAGGUGUUUACUCCGGAUCACAUAAAAGAAUGCUUGAGAAAGGCAGCGGAUGAGAGUCACGAGGAGAGCGAGAGAAUCGCCGAGAAUUUUCUGAACAGAAAGAUCGAUGUGGAACGAUUCCUCAGCACGUACAUUGAAUGUAGAAAGUUAGGCCAAGCGAGACGAACUAAAGAGGAGAAGCUGGCACAUCAACUGAAUGAAUUAAAACGGGCCGGUUAUUAAAACUAAUUGUAUAAUGACGUCUUUUUUCUAUGAAUCGAACAAAACUGUAAAUAACGCCUAGUUAAAUUAAACGAUACUGUGAAUUCGAACGGCAUUCGUGUUUACCAAAUAUUCUAUAGGACAAUGGCACUCGCUGGCAGAGAACACUUUUAUAACAUAUUGCUACGUUGCAUCACUGCUUGUUGUGCUGCGUCGAAAUUAGUUCGAUUGUGUUUGUGCAUUCCCAUUCAAGAAUGAUCGUGAACCGUGGGGCGUGAAUCAGCUAAAAAAAAAAGUAUUUAUAUGUGUAAGGAAAUGAAAAAAAAGUGCUGGUUCGAAUCGAGAAAAACUAUAUGUAAUGCUUGAAUUAAUUUUAAGAUGUACUUAUCUUUCCAUACAGAAAAUAUCUGUUGAAUGAUAUUCAGUAUGCUGCUGUUUCCUCUACGACAUACUACAAUUGCAUCGACAUCACUUUGACAAAGCACUUUUUUUUACUGUAAAUAAACGUGCGAUAAAACAUGAUUAAAACGAUUUUUCAAAGUUUUGCCGUUUUGGUGAUGUUAAUCUAAUUACUUAUCCUACAGAUGUUCCUAAUACAUUGUAACAUAUAUUUGAAUCUGUAUAGAAGCGUGAAGUCUGAAGAUUGAGAAAAUGCUUUCGUUUCUUUUUUUUUUCUUCUUUUUUUUAUAAACUGUGGUGUAUGUAACCCCGAUUAUGAGGUUUGUUAUUUAAAAACACAGCUUAAG